ACCUUCCCCAACUACAGCUAGUCCAACGACAGCUUUACCUCCGCCAACUACAGCUAUUCCAACUAUUCCAACGACAGCAUCCAACGCACAUGUAUGUGAUAAAUUUAGAGCCAUAAAAAGUUUGAUGACAAAGACAAGUGUGUCCGCCCCAUUGUCUAGAGGUUGUCUGGACGGCACAAACUCAGCUGAUGCCUUACUCAUGAGUUACUGUAGUGCUCCUGAAAUGUCCAUGUGGAAACGAGGUGUCAAUGUAAUUUCAAAUUGUGCCAAUCUACCAACAUAUAUUGCCAUUGGAAGAACUCGACAUGGCCAUUUUACAGACAUUUCUGGAAUUAUGACUAACUGUCACAGCAAUGGGGUUAUUGAGAUCGUCGAACAAGCAUGUGGUACUACAACACAUUUACAAAAUAUCACAAGUCCGAGUUCCAAUUCUUACGAGGUUAUAAUGUGGUGA